AACAUUUCUGCAUUUGGUUACUUGACAUACAUCUCCCAUGUUUUCGACCUUUAAAAAUCAGCCAUGAUUUCAGUUUGAAAUAAAAAAAAAUAAAAAAAAAUUGUGCAAAAAUUCAGCUUCUAUUUUUUGAGACUAUCAAAUUCUGUUUCCAUUUUUCUGCUGCAAGUAUUCUGUACUCUGUUUAAUUCUUCAAUUCCAUCAUAAUUUUGUUAAAUAAACACUUAAUUCUGGAAUAAACCCUUUUAGUCAGUGGAUAAUCUUCUGCUUUUGAAAAUUAAGUUAUUUAAUUUGGUUGAUAAUUGAUGUAAAUGUGACUUGCUUCUUUAAUUGUAAGAGUUUUAUUUAUUUAUGCAAAGCAAGUGAUUUGUUUGCUGCUCUUUGAGACUUAGCUUGGUUUUGAGCUUUUGUGUUCCAAGUACUAGUAUAUGGGAAUUUAGGGUUUUUGUUUUUGUACGGACAUUUUUUUUAUACAUUAAUUUAGGAGUUUUGGUGUAUAAAUAUUCAGUUAUAUUUUCAUACUAAAUAUGUGCUGGAAUUAUUUGCAUUACAAUAUGAAAAAGUUGAUAUUUUUUAUUUUCAGUAGUAUAUACUAAUUUGGUAGUUCAGCCAUUUUGAACUUUAAUUUGGCCUAUUUUUGUGGUGGAAUGGCUGGAAUUUCUUGUGGGAAGUGAGUGAUCUUUGUUUUGUGAGACGAUGAUUUAGUGCUUAAUUGUAAUUUAGCAGUGAAUCUAUCAACUUAUGUACUAUCCUUGGAAUAAAUUUCAAAGGGUGUUGUUGGGAGUGCAAUAUAUGACUCCAGAGAUUAAUUUGCUGCAAAUUUUCAAUGUAUUGUGUCUGUUAUAUUAUCUAAUCACUCCUUGCUCCAUAUUCAGAUGGCUUGUCGACGAAUGUUGAGUAAACAGAUAAAACAAGGCACCCUUUUCCAGAGAUGUUAUCACCCGUCAUUGAGCCACAUUGUUCAUCGCGGUGAUAAAAGUGAUGAGAACUCCCAAUCACCAUAUCCAAGCCCACUCAGUCAACUUGAAUGUGGAAUUAGUAAUAAUGUUUUGUCACACAUUCAUAAUGGAAGCAACAUUGGUGGUAAUGGGGGUUUUAGAGCGCAUUUUGGAUGGAAUAAACGGUUCCCUGUUGUCAUAUUACCUGAAAGUGUUGUACCGUCGUUAUCUAGAAAGAUUUCAAGCGCAGCUGGUGAAGGAUUUGAUAAUGCUCAACCUCAUGGUGACAACAUUACUAGCAUUCUAACUAGUGAAAAUGUGGAAGUAGUGUCCUCACAAGUUCCUGCCAUCAAUGAGGUAGCUGUUGCAGCUGCUGAUUCUGCCUUCCCAAUUGCUGCACUGCAGUACUUGAUUGAUGCCGUGCAGACAUUGACUGGAUUGAAUUGGUGGGCAGCUAUUGCUAUAACAACUUUAAUGGUUGAAGGAUCAACCAUUCCUUUUGCGAUAAAUGAGAUUAGAGCUGCUUAUAAACGUAAGUUGCUACGUUUGGAGGAGCUGAAAAAGAAAUGGCAUUUGGGUAAGGUUUCCAAAUCCGAAAUUCUAAAGGAAUGGAAUGUUAUCCGUAAUCAACUUGAAGUUUACCCGAAAUUAACUCUGAUUCGGGGUUCUAUUUCCAUAAGCUUUUUCUUUGCUAUCUCAAACAUGGUUGAGAAGGUUCCAUCAUUGAAAUAUGGUGGAGCAUUCUGGUUCACUGAUCUUACUACUCCAGAUAGUUUGUAUAUUUGUCCAGUUCUGACAGUACUAUUAUUCUUAGCCCACACUGAGUGCAACAUGCUGAGAAGCUUGAAAGGACAUCCGUCAGCGGGUGACUUUAAGAGAUGCUCAAGGACCUUUGCUAUUCUUGCAGUGCCCCUUACAAUGGAUUUUUCUAAGGCAUUCUUCUGUUAUUUGAUAACCUCCAGGCUGUUUAUGUUGUCACGUGGAACAGUUUUAAAGCGCUCAGAAGUGAGAAAGUUCUUGGAUCUUCCAAGAGCACCCUGUCACGACCCACACAUUCCACCCCUCACUAGGGCCAUUGGACGGUAGGCAACAAUCGUGGCUAGGGGGAAUGCCCUUGGUGCGCGCUGGCUAGGCCAGAGACACCCUCCCCCUAUAGAGCUUUAUAUUGCUCCAGUGCUGUCACCCUAGUGAACACCCAAGUGACAGUAACACAAUAAUGGGCUAUUUGGGGACCCAAAUGAAGUCCGAUUGAGCCCAAAUUUGGGGGUCCACCAUUUUUAGGCCCAAUGAACAUCAUGGUGGUGUUAGAUUUUGAAGGAGAAGUCCGGAAGGUUCCAGAAUACUCAAGGAGACUCGAGGUGCAUCCGGAAGCUUCUAGAACCCUCCAUUUGAGGAGGUUAGUGAAGGUUCUAGGCCAUGCUUAGAACACUAUAAAUAGGGGACUUGGCCUUCAUUUGGAGGCAUCUCAGAAAAUAUUUGUAAACACUCUCUCUCAAGCUAUAAAAGCAUUCAAAAUAUUUAUAUCCUCUUGUGUUCUCAACAUUCCUUAACUUUCGUUGCAUACUCUUGCUUGAAGCAUUUCGGGGUUAAGCCUUGACUAGCAUUCGAGGGAGGGAAGUUAGUAGGCUAGCGUGCAUAAGACUAGGGGGAUUAGCCAGCACGUGACAACGUGGUAUCAGAGCAGCUACGGUCGCGGGGGACUAUAGUGCUGUCGAGCUUUGUUAGCAAGUUGUGAGCGAAGGAGGAAGAAUGGCAAAGAGCAAGGACGGCAAGGACGCUAGUGCUUCACAAACAACCGAGGGCUAUGCGCCCGAGGCUCUCAUUCAAGCUGUCCAAAAGCUUGAGAAGCGAGUGAAUAAAGUUGAUGAGAGAUCGGCCAAAGCCGAAGUUGCUGCUUGCGACAUGACGGAUUCUGUCGGCAAGGUCGAGAAUGAAGUUAUUACGCUCAAAGGGCAGUUAGGGGAACUAGACAAUCGUCUAGAGGAGGUAUCCCUUGAUGCUCAGUCACUCGCUGAUCAGGCUUUUGAGAAGAUGAUGGGCGAGAUGGCGAAAAUGCGUGAGGAGUUCACGGGGGAACUCCUUGCUUUGAAGAAGGAGAAUGAGCUCCUCAAGGAGGAACUCACGUUGCUAAAAAGGACUACGGUGGCUGGGGGCGCCACCAUUCAAGUCGGUCCUAAGGUGGAAAUCCCCAAGCCUCCAAAGUAUCAUGGAAAGAGGGAUGCUCGGGAAAUUGACAACUUCCUAUGGAGCAUGGAGCGAUACUUUGAGGCUGUGCACUUGGAGGAGGAUGCCUCCA